AUGACGAAAAGUUCGAAAGAUAUAUGUAGUGAGAAUGAGGGAAAGAAGAAUGGAAAGAGCGGAUUUUUUAGUACAUCCUUUAAAUAUGUAUUAUCAGCAUGCAUAGCAUCAUUUAUAUUUGGUUAUCAAGUGAGUGUAUUAAAUACAAUAAAGAAUUUUAUAGUUGUAGAAUUUGAAUGGUGUAAAGGAGAAACGGAUCGAUUGAAUUGUUCCAAUAAUACUAUUCAGAGUUCAUUUUUGUUAGCAUCAGUAUUUAUAGGUGCUGUGUUAGGAUGUGGUUUUUCUGGUUAUUUAGUACAAUUUGGAAGAAGGUUAUCAUUAUUAAUAAUAUAUAAUUUUUUCUUUUUAGUAAGUAUUUUAACCUCCAUUACUCAUCAUUUCCAUACAAUAUUAUUUGCUCGUUUGUUAAGUGGUUUUGGUAUAGGGUUAGUUACAGUAAGUGUUCCUAUGUAUAUAUCCGAGAUGACACAUAAAGAUAAGAAGGGUGCGUAUGGUGUAAUGCAUCAGUUAUUUAUAACAUUCGGUAUAUUUGUAGCCGUUAUGUUAGGUUUAGCUAUGGGUGAGGGCCCUAAGGCUGAUUCGACUGAGCCAUUAACUUCGUUUGCUAAAUUAUGGUGGAGGCUUAUGUUUUUAUUUCCUUCUGUUAUAUCGUUAAUAGGUAUAUUUGCUUUAGUUGUUUUUUUUAAAGAAGAAACACCAUAUUUUCUUUUUGAGAAAGGGAGAAUUGAAGAAUCCAAAAACAUUUUGAAAAAAAUUUAUGAAACAGAUAAUGUGGAUGAACCACUGAAUGCUAUAAAAGAAGCUGUUGAACAAAAUGAGUCAGCAAAGAAAAAUUCUUUAUCUUUAUUAUCAGCAUUAAAAAUCCCAUCAUAUAGAUAUGUUAUAAUAUUAGGAUGUUUGUUAUCUGGUUUACAACAAUUUACAGGUAUAAAUGUUUUAGUGUCUAAUUCGAAUGAAUUAUAUAAAGAAUUUUUAGAUAGUCAUUUAAUAACCAUAUUAAGUGUUGUAAUGACAGCAGUGAAUUUUUUAAUGACUUUCCCAGCAAUAUAUGUUGUAGAAAAAUUAGGAAGGAAAACCUUAUUACUAUGGGGCUGUGUAGGAGUUUUAGUUGCCUAUUUACCUACAGCAAUAGCCAAUGAAAUAAAUAAAAAUUCUACUUUUGUUAAAACACUUUCUAUCGUAGCAACGUUUGUUAUGAUCAUUUCUUUUGCUGUUUCUUAUGGACCAGUUUUAUGGAUUUAUUUACAUGAAAUGUUUCCAUCAGAAAUAAAAGAUAGUGCUGCAAGUUUAGCAUCAUUAGUUAAUUGGGUUUGUGCAAUUAUUGUUGUCUUCCCAUCAGAUAUUAUUAUUAAGAAAUCCCCUUCGAUUCUUUUCAUAGUUUUUUCAGUAAUGUCAAUUUUAACCUUCUUCUUUAUUUUUUUCUUUAUCAAAGAAACUAAAGGAGGUGAAAUAGGAACAAGUCCAUACAUAACUAUGGAGGAGCGACAAAAGCAUAUGACCAAGUCGGUUGUAUGA